AUGGCCUGCACUCGUUACCCGCAGAUUGGCAAGCCGGCCCCGGCCUUCAAAGGCACCGCCGUCGUCGAUGGGCAGUUUAAGGAGAUCAGCCUCGCCGACUUUAAGGGCAAGUACGUGGUGCUCUUCUUCUACCCGAUGGACUUCACCUUCGUCUGCCCCACCGAGAUCAUCGGCUUCAGCGAGCGGGCGGCGGACUUUGCGAAGAUCAACGCCCAGCUGAUCGCCGCCAGCACCGACUCGCACUACACCCACCUCGCCUGGAUCAACACCCCGCGAAAGGAGGGCGGCCUGGGGGCGUUGAAGAUUCCCCUGCUGGCGGACAAGAGCGCCGCCAUCAGCAAGGACUACGGGGUCUACCUGGAGGAGCCGGGCGUCCCCCUGCGCGGCCUCUUCGUCAUCGACGACAAGGGCACACUGCGCCAGAUUACCAUCAACGACCUGCCCGUGGGUCGAUCCGUGGAUGAGACGCUGCGACUGGUGCAGGCUUUUCAGUAUACGGAUGUCCACGGCGAAGUCUGCCCCCUGGGCUGGAAGCCCGGCGAUGCCACCAUCAAGCCGGCAGUGGACGCCUCGAAGGCCUUCUUUGCCAAGCAGAAUUAG